AUGGAAGGUGGGUGUUUUAGGACUUCAGAGUCUGCGUGUACUGCAACUUCGCGUAAAGGGUUGCAGAGAGAGAAGCCUUACAGAGGUAUAAGGAUGAGAAAGUGGGGGAAGUGGGUAGCUGAAAUCAGAGAACCAAACAAGAGAUCAAGGCUAUGGCUUGGUUCUUACUCUACUUCCAUGGUUGCUGCUUGUGCUUAUGAUACGGCUUUGAGGAGGGGACCUUCUGCUCGUCACAAUUUCCCAGAAUUUUUAGUUGCAGAGGGUAAGCUUCAUGACAUGUCUGCUGCGUCAAUAAGGAAGAAAGCAACAGAGAUUGGUGGUUGA